AUUUUUUAUGAUAAACUUGUUUACAGACAAUAAGAGAGAAAUAUCACAUGUAUUUUUCUGUAGUGAUGCUUUGUAUCGAAUAAUUAUUAUAUUGUCUGUAUUUGCAGAAACUAUCACUAAAGGACCAACUAUACCUGUGUCAGGAGAAAAGAGAGGAAACAUCACACUCACGUGUCAAUAUAAGACCAAUGAGAUUACUGAUAUUAUUUUAAACACUCGGUCAGAAAUCAUAGAAGUGUGUGAGACUGAAGAAUGUAAUGGACGAGUGUUUAAAGAAGGAAACUGUGACGUCGUCAUCAAGAAUCUGAUCUUCAGUGACGCUGGGAAAUACACUUUGAGAAUCUAUUACAAUAAUGAUCAGAGAGAGCUGGAGCGACAAAUCAGGACGUACCAACUUCAUAUUCAUGAUGAGAUUUCUGUGAAAACAGGCGAGGAGCUAAAGAUGUCUGUUCUGGUGUCUGAUGCUGAUAAAGUGAAGACAAACUCUAGUGGAGAGUGGAAGGAGGUUUGGACGAGAGCUCACGGGGUUCAGAGCGACCGAAUGAAUGAUACUGAUGGAAACCUGAUCAUUAAAUCAUUUCUGGACAGUGAUGCAGGAACAUACAGAGUUCUGGACACUGAAGGAGAAAUCUUGAUCACAGUCACAAUCACAGGUGAGAGAAACUCAGAAAUGAUGUAA